GUCUUGCAGCAGGAGAGAUCAACUUGGCCCAUUUCAGAUGAGCGAUGAGAGCUGGCUUACAGCUGCCCUGCAAAACCCACUGGCGGUGGGACAGUAUGUCAACAACUGCUCACAUGAAAAAGCAGCCAACGUGUGUUAUCAAGAAUUUGAUGUGCCGGGAUAUUUUCCAGUAGAACUGAAACAGUAUCUUCCAAACAUCGUCUACAGCCAUGACAUAGAGAGCCACCCAAGGUGUGUAGUGCUUGUCACUCUCAGAGACAUCACACAAGGGGAAGAACUUUUUUCUAAUUAUUACACCAUUGUCAACUGA